AUGGGCGCCAAGAACAACGUGACUGAGUUCGUCUUGCUCGGCCUUUUCCAGAGCUGGGAGAUGCAGCGUGCCUGCUUCCUGGUCUUCUCCGUCUUCCACUUGCUCACGGUCCUGGGGAACCUUCUGGUCAUCGUCACCAUCAACGCCAGCAAGACCCUGCAUGCCCCCAUGUACUUCUUCCUCAGCCACUUGUCCUGUGCCGACAUGUGCUAUCCAUCCGCCACCACACCCAAGAUGAUCGCCGACACUUUGGUGGAGCGCAAGACCAUCUCCUUCGAGGGCUGCAUGACCCAGCUCUUUUCUGCCCACUUCUUUGGUGGCACCGAGAUCUUCCUCCUCACGGCCAUGGCCUAUGACCGCUACGUGGCUAUCUGCCAGCCCCUGCACUACACGACCGUCAUGGGCCGCCGGAGGUGUGGCCUGCUGGCAGGGGCCUCCUGGGUGGCUGGCUUCCUGCAUUCCAUCCUGCAGACGCUCCUCACGGUCCAGCUGCCCUUCUGUGGGCCCAAUGAGAUAGACAACUUCUUCUGUGACGUCCAUCCCCUGCUGAAGCUGGCCUGUGCGGACACCUACGUGGUGGGGCUCAUCGUGGUGGCCAACAGCGGCAUGAUUUCUUUAGUGUCCUUCAUCAUCCUUAUCAUCUCCUACGUGGUCAUCCUACUGAGCCUGAGAAGCCGGUCUUCUGAGGGCCGGCGCAAGGCUCUGUCCACUUGCGGCUCACAUAUCAUCACUGUGCUUCUGGUCCUGGUGCCCCCCAUGUUCAUGUACAUUCGACCCUCCACCACCCUGGCUGCUGACAAACUCGUCAUCCUCUUUAACAUCGUCAUGCCACCUUUGCUGAACCCUCUGAUCUACACGCUGAGGAACAGUGAGGUGAAAAGUGCCAUGAGGAAGAUCUUCAGGGUCAAGGGGAGCUUGGGGGGAGAAGUGAAACUGCAAGGUAUCUGA